AUGAGAUGCCAAAGAUUUUUUGCGCUUGUUGGAGCCUGUAAUGAAAUGAUGGGCACCGAAGGGGAAUCCAAUUUCCACGAGAAGCAUGAGGUGGAUUCAUGCGAGAAAAAAGUUGUUCCAUUUCCACCAGAUCACAAGGAAUCCUUUGAUGGGCAACUCUUAAUUUUGAUAUUCACAGUUCCAUUUCAAGUCGAUGAGCUCUCCGAGCUCACUUUUGCUUCAUCCAUGGCCCUGGCUGAUGAUUCAACUGGAAUAACAGCAAAAGUCCCCCCUGUUCAACACUGGAGAAAACAAAACCUCUUCUUAGAGAUACCCUUGAGAAAAUUGGAGUCCUCUCAGGAUUUUGUGAGAAUAAAUAUGCCCCCCACACCAAGUCCGACUCCCACAAGAAUGAAUCUUCCCCCAAGAGCACCAAGCCCUAGUUCUGCAAGAAUAAAUGAGUCCCCAGGUACAUCCUCAUCCAGAGGAAAGUCAUCUAGAAAAGGUAUCCUACCACGAAUGAACUUUAAGUACCGGAGUUCAACCACAGACAUUGAGAAGGCAGCUGCCAUAGCUCUAGGCACUCCAACAACAGGGCCGCGGGACAAGCUCUAUGUCUCAAGGUCAUCGUCCCUUUCUAAGCUAUUAACACCCAGGAUGAAGAGAACAUCGUCCCUUCCUGUUACUCCAAUUGCUUUCACAAAUCCAGAAUCCGUACGUGGAGGAAGCAUGGUUGAUCCUUCAAAUUCAAUCAAGGGGGCCCAACAAAAGAUAUCUCGUUCACUGUCAGUCCCUGCAAACAACAAAGGAAAAGGGAUAAGGCGAACAGAUUCAUUAGGUGGUAUAUUUCGUGUCAUCCCAUCAACUCCAAGAGUGAUGACAGAGGGGAACACUGCCAUGUCAAAUGCAACAACUCCCACAGCAGAUGGUGAAAACAGUGAUGCUGAUGGUGAAGAUAUUCCUGAAGAAGAGGCUGUGUGCAGAAUUUGUUUGAUCGAACUGGGUGAAGGAGGUGAUACCCUGAAGAUGGAAUGUAGCUGCAAAGGCGAACUUGCAUUGGCCCACCAAGAAUGUGCUAUAAAAUGGUUUAGCAUCAAGGGUAACAAAAAUUGUGAUGUUUGUAAGCAAGAGGUCCAAAACUUACCAGUCACCCUGUUACGGAUCCAGAACAUUAGAACCUUUAAUCCAGAUACGAAUCGGUCCCGGCAGAUAGCUCUUUCUCAGUACAGAGUAUGGCAGGAUGUGCCCGUUCUUGUCAUUGUUAGCAUGCUUGCAUACUUCUGUUUUCUGGAGCAGCUUCUGGUCAUGAAAUUGGGUACUGGUGCAAUUGCCAUGUCCUUGCCAUUUUCCUGCAUACUUGGUCUCCUUGCAUCCAUGACAUCAUCAACCAUGGUGAAGAGAAGAUUUGUAUGGGUCUAUGCAUCAGUUCAAUUUGCUCUAGUGGUUCUUUUUGCUCAUAUUUUCUACUCAUUGCUUCAUAUGCAAGCCGUUCUAUCCAUUCUCCUUGCCACCUUUGGUGGUUUUGGUGUUACAAUGAGUGGCAAUUCUAUUAUCGUUGAGUUCUUGAGAUGGAGGAGCAGGCGGCGCACUAGGUCAGAUAUUCGCCAUAGUUCUCAAGAAGUUUCACCCCAGCCACAACCUGAACGCCCCCAAAAUGAGGCUGGAAAUUUAGAUAAUCCACAAAGGAUCUGAACUGGCAUUUGUAGAAUGGUUGAUGAUAUUGCUGUGGUAGCAAAAUCUAAAUGGUUUUACCUGUACAGAAGUUAGAAAAUAUACAGAAGUUAUAAAUUUCUAUGUUAGAAUAAACAUUAAGUGUAUUCAUGUAUCUCUCUAUUGAGUGCUUUGUAUUACCUUUUAGUCCUUAGAAAACAGAAAUGUUUGUAGCAGUUUUGUAUAACAAGUUGAGAAUGGAAUGGAAUUGAAUUGCCA